GGCCACGGGGGCGAUGGGGCCGCGGCUGCUCCUGGCCGCGGGGAUGCUCCUCGCCGCCGGCACCGGGAGCAGCGGCAGCGCCGCAGGUGACAGCUCGUGGCAGCACCGUGCAGAACCAGGACACUACUGGCCCGUGACCCCCUGGGUCCUGCGGGACAACCAAAAGCUCAGCUUGGCAGAGGCGACCCAGGAGGGGUUCCCCACCCAGCUGAGGGUCCUGCUGGAGCUGGAGGGGAUGAGGCUGGUGCUGGAGCUGGAGCAAAACUGGGAGCUGGUGCAGGGCACAGGGGCGCUGCUCUACUACCUGCCCAAUGGCACGUGGGUGAUGGAGGAGCCCAGUGAGGAGGACAACUGCUGCUACCAGGGGACAGUGCAGGGCUUCCCCGACUCCUGGGCCAACCUCUGUGCCUGUGCUGGACUCAGUGGCCACCUCCAGCUGUCAGAGACCAGGAGCUACGAGCUGGAGCCAGACAGUGGCCCCUCAGAGCAACACGUCGCGUUCCGUCCCUGGGUGGUCCGGGUGGCACCACGGGCCUGUGGGCAGGACCCCCUGGACCCCCGCCCCAGGGCAGAGGUGACAGAGCCUCCCAGGCCACAGAGGGGCAAGCGGGCAGCAGUGGAGCAGCGGUUCGUGGAGCUGGUGAUGGUGGUGGACCACGCUGCAUUCCAGAAUUACCCCAGCCUCCACCGUGUUCGCGUCCGGGCCCUGGAAAUUGCCAACCAGGUGGACGUGUUCUUCCGGCCGCUGGGAGUGCGGGUGAUCCUGCUGGCGGUGGAGGUCUGGAGCGAGGGCGACAGGAUCGAGGUGGGCAGCAGCGCCCGGGUGACGCUGGAGCGGUUCCUGCGCUGGCGCCAGGAGGAGCUGCUGCCCCGGCUGCCCCACGACAACGCACAGCUCCUGACGGGUGUCCGCUUUGACGAUGUCUCGGUGGGGAUGUCGACUCAAGGCUCCAUGUGUUCCCCCGCGCGCUCUGGGGGGGUCAGCAUGGACCACUCAGUCAGCUUCCUGGUCAUUGCCUCCACCGUGGCCCAUCAGCUGGGGCACAACCUGGGCAUGCGCCACGACAGCCCCGGGCGCUUCUGCUACUGCAGCGACCUCCAGCACGACCGUGGCUGCAUCAUGGCAUCGCCCACGGGGCUGACUCCCGGCUUGAGCUUCAGCAACUGCAGCCAUCAGGACCUGGAGCGCAGCCUGCAGCAGGGCCAGGGCUGGUGCCUGUCCAACGUGCCCAAGCCCCAGCUCCCGUUCAAGAGCGACUGUGGGAACCUCAUCCUGGAGAAGGGCGAGGGAUGUGACUGCGGCCUCAGCGUGGAGUGCACGGAUCUCUGCUGCAACAGCAGCUCCUGCGAGCUGAUGCCGGGGGCCGCCUGUGCCACGGGGGACGCCUGCUGCCAGGACUGCCAGCUGCGCCACGCCGGGUACCUGUGCCGGGAGCCGCUGGGGGAGUGUGACCUGCCUGAGUUCUGUGACGGGGUCUCGCCGCACUGCCCACCCGACACCUUCCUGCAGGAUGGGCAGCCCUGCGCCGGCGGGCGGGCGCGCUGCUACAGCGGGGCCUGUGCCACCUACGAGGGGCAGUGCCAGCAGCUGCUGGGGACAGGCGCCAGCCCCGUCUCCAGCUCCUGCAUGGCCACCCUGAACGCCAGAGGGGACGAACGUGGGCACUGUGGGCAGCUCCCCAACGGCUCCUACGUCGCCUGCGCCCAGCAGGAUGCUGGCUGCGGGAUGCUGCAGUGCCAGCACGGCAGCACCCGUGGGGACAGACCAGGAGGGUCCUGCCAAGGGGCCCCCCUGCCUGGGGAUGAGGAUGUGAGUGAUGCAGCCAUGGUGCUGCCCGGCACUGCCUGUGGCCCCGGGAAGAUGUGCCUCCAGCGCCGGUGCCAGGACGUGUCCGUGCUGGGCGACCAGCAGUGCCGGAGCAAGUGCCAUGGGCACGGGGUGUGCAACAACCACGGGCACUGCCACUGCGAGCGGGGCUGGGCCCCCCCGACCUGCGAGAGCCCCGGCAUGGGGGGCAGCCAGGACAGCGGCCCCGCCGGGCUGGAGCGAGGGGGGAGUGCCCUGCCCACAGCCCUGCUGGUGAGCGCCCUGCUGGGGCUGGCGCUGGCACUGGGGCUCUGCUGCGCCCGCCGCGCCGGCCUGCACAAGCACCUCUGCCAGCUCGGCAAGGGCACCUCCUGCCAGUACAGUGCUGAGACCCGGGUGCGGUUCCUGGGUCCCGGAGCCGCCGACGGCUGGAGCGGGAUCUCGCAGCCGGAGCCCCCGUCGGGCAGCCGGGUCCCCCCCGCGCGCCCCCGGCCCCCGCAGUGGCGUCAGGCCACGGAGCUGCAGGUCAUGCGUGGCAGCAAGGUGAGGAUGGGGGUGAUGGGGGGCGGUGGGUGCCGCGGGUUCGCUCCGGUCCUUGGGGUCCCACACGCCCGGGCCGCCUGGUCCCCACUCUGUGGCACCAGGAGCAGUCUGGCACGGCCACUUGGCACCGGCCGCUCGCCGGGAUCGGUGCCCAUCCCGAGGCAGGGCUGAGCCCCGGAGCUGUGCGCUGAGGGCUGAGGGGGGGGUCUCUGUCUCUGCUUGGCGGCGGGAGGGGGGUCUCCGCAUGCUGCAUGGCUUGUCCCCGCUCUCCCUCUCUCCGCAGCCGACUGCCC